CCGGGUUCUUACUGUUAUCCCGUUCUUUCCAGGUUAGACCUGCUGCUGAGUGACCGUCUAUUCCUGCGGGCUUUUGUUUGUCUGGAUUUUAUCUCUGGAGCCGAAAUAUUUAUUGAAACGUUUUUUUUUAAGGGUUGAUUCUAUUUUUUUUAUUUGAGCAAGAUGGGCUGCGCCGGAUUCACCUGCUCCAAACACUCCCUGUGCGUGCUCAACAUCCUCUAUGUGAUGGUGAGCCUGCUGAUGAUCGGCAUCGCAGCAUGGGGCAAGUGUUUGGGUCUGGUCUCCAGUUUCCAGGUGGUGGGGGGCAUCAUCGGUGUGGGCGUCUUCCUGUUCUUCGUGGCGCUGGCCGGCCUCAUCGGGGCCAUGAAGCACCACCAGGUCCUGCUCUUCUUUUACAUGAUUGUCCUGUUCAUGGUGUUUAUUGUGCAGUUCUCUGUUUCCAGUGCCUGCUUAGCCAUCAACAGAGAGCAACAGGUAAGAUCAACCGCUUCCCUUUCUCCAGCCUGCUUCCCCAACAACUCGUGCUCGCCGUGCGCAGAUAAGAUCCAGGAACAUGCUGGAGAGGUGCUGCGCUUUGUGGGAGGGAUCGGACUCUUUUUCAGCUUCACCGAGAUUCUGGGAGUCUGGCUCACUUAUCGCUACAGGAACCAGAAGGACCCCCGAGCCAACCCCAGUGCCUUUCUGUGAGCCCUCUGCAACUCCAUGGGCCGUCUCUGGGCUCUGCCUGUACAUACCUGACUCACCUGUGUGUUGGAACUUCUCUGGGGCUAUACCUGUACAUACCUGACUCACCUGUGUGUUGGAACUUCUCUGGGGCUAUACCUGUACAUACCUGACUCACCUGUGUGUGUCUCACUGACUACUGCACACAUGCUCUUAUAAUGUCCUGUGUUUGGUUGAACAAGAGUGCACACAUGUUGCCUCCAGUGUGACAGCUCUGUCAACAUUUACUAUUAGAACACCGAGCACUGGGUGUAAAUAGAGGCAAUACUGUCUACUGCUGUAUAUUCCAAAGUAUUAUUAUUACAUUCAGAAUUUUAUGCAGCCUGCCUGAUGUUGACCCCGUGUCUGUUUUUCUGCCCCACUGAACGCAAUAAUGUCAAAUGCUGCUCUGCAUUUUGACAUGACUACUGUAUGUUUGUGUCGGUGUGUGUGUGUGUGUGUGUGUGUGUGUGUGUGUUGCAUGUGUUAUCUGUGUGUGUGUUUGGUCUUUUGCAUGACUCUUCAAAUAUGCAAGUAUGAGCUACUGAUUGAGAGCUGCACUGAGGAUUCUGUCUGAGACUUUUUACUGUAAACUGCAACAAAACACUGGUGGAAGAAAAAUAAAUCUGUUUCUCUGGCUUUA